CGCUAUCGCUUGACUGUGAGCACCGGAAAAACGGCUCGUAGCAAUGUGAAGAAACACCUACGCAGCUGUCAACACAAUUUUUAGUCCAGACUGACGCAGCUUUAGUAUUUUAAUGCAAUGACUGAAUGACAUGCAUCUGUGUCACUGCAUGCUGCACGAGUGAUGCGUUUCGCCGCAUGUUUUGUGUUUAUUUUAACGGAAAUAUGGGAAUAUGAGACGGGAAUAUGAGAUAACGGUUCACACCGAUGCAUCUAGGUGUGUUUUUGCAUCAGGCCACAUUCAUUAUUUAUUCAUGUCAGCUCUGAAAGUCUUGUAGUUCAUGACAACGAGUUUGUAAAUAAUAGGUUUUAAGGAUAAAGUAUGAGCAUGAAUACUUUUCUGGACUUUGAGGACUGCAUCAGAGACUCACCUGCAUUCAGGCAGUCUCUGGAUCGGUGUGAGAGUGAUGUUGCAGAACUAGAGAGUCGUGUGGAGAAGGUGAUGAAGUUGUGCAGUCAGAUGGUGGAGGCAGGACAGAGCUACAACUCCUGUAAUCAACAUUUCCUCUCGGCAUUGGCUGAAUUCACAACGUAUCAUAAGAACGACAACGUUAUUCUGAACUGUUUGCGUCAGUUUAACCAAGGCCUACAGGAAAUGAUUCAGUUUCAGACGAUGCUGUUUGAUCAAACCCAGAGAGCCAUUACACAGCAGCUCACAAAUCUGCUCUCACAAUUUCUACCGCAGAUUCGCGACACACGCCGUGAGUUUGUCCGGAUCGGGGACGAUCUCGAGGCCGCGGUUGUGAAAAACGCUCAGGUUAGCAGACACAAACCCGCAGACGCUGAGCGAGCGACUCACCUGCUGCUCGCAACCAGAAAAUGUUACCAACACUUUGCCCUGGAUUACUGCCUACAGCUAAAUAACUUUAAAGUCCAACAGAAGCUGGAUGUUCUCAACUCGGUCUUCUCUUAUUUUCACGCUCAGUACACGUUUUUCCACCAGGGAUUUGACCUGCUGAAGGAUCUCGAGCCGACCAUGAAGACUAUGGCCUCACAGCUUUCUCAGCUGUCGACCGACUGCACUUCCAAGAGGAAAGAUCUGGAAAACACACACCUGCUCGUUCAACAGAGGGAUGCGUCUGGAGAGGCGGUUAUUGUGUGUAAUCCGUCCGAUGGAGGAACAAUUCAAGGUUACCUGUUCAAACGCUCACGCAAGAAAAACAAGACCUGGAAAAGAUGUUGGUUUUCUACAGAAAAUAAUCAGUUAAUCUACUCAAAAUCACACAAGGAGCAGCCUGUGGUUCUGUUUGAUGACCUUCGUCUGUGUGCGGUGAAAUCUCAGGAUGCCAUUGAUCGGCGUUUCUGCUUUGAACUGCUGUCAGUGCAAAAGUGUUGUGCACUACAGGCAGAUACUGAGGAGCUGAAGCUGGCGUGGAUAAACGCUGUAAAGGGUUGUAUAGGCAUGGCGUACCGCCAUCAAGUAACGAAUCAAAACACUCAGGUGAAGGAAAACUCCACCCCUGUCCCAAUUCCAAAUCCACCCUCUCACCCCCCUGCUCUGCGCGUGGCACUACAAGGAAAAGGUAACCAGCGCUGCUGUGACUGCGGGGAGGCGGAGCCUCGCUGGGCCAGCGUUAAUCUGGGCAUCACCAUGUGUAUCGAGUGCUCGGGCAUCCACAGGAGUCUUGGGGUUCAUCUGUCCAAAGUUCGAUCUCUGACGCUCGAUUCAUGGGAGCCAGAACAGCUUAAGCUGCAAUGCAUUCUGGGUAAUGAUGUCAUUAAUAGCAUUUAUGAGUGUAACCCAGCAGAUGGACUACAUAAGCCAAGGCCUGACAGUUCACGGCAGGAUAAGGAGCAGUGGAUCAGAUUAAAGUAUGUGGAGAAGAGAUUUGUGAAACGUCAAUUUGAUCUUUCUGAUGCUGAAACAGCAAAGCUACGGGCCGGAGAGAGGCUGUACCAGGCGUCGCUAAGUGGGGAUCUUAUUGCUAUGGCAACAGCACUGGCCGAGGGUGCGGAAGUGAACUGGAGUAACCCGGAGCAAGAGGGACGAACAGCUCUGAUUGGUUCAGCCAUCGGGGGAUCUCUUCUGGCGUGUGAGUUUUUGUUGCAGAACGGCGCAAAUGUGAACCUCAGAGAUCAGCACGGACAGGGCGCGUUACACGCCGCUGCGACCAGUGGACACACGGGACAGGUGUGCCUGCUGCUCAAGCGAGGAGCCAAUCAGUAUGCAGCUGACGAAAAGGGAAAUGAUCCGCUCAGUAUCGCUAUAGAAACGGCACACGCUGACAUUGUCACAUUGUUAAGAAUGGCUCGUAUGAAUGAGGAAAUGAGAGAUUCAGAGGGAUUCUUCGGUUCUGUGGGAGAUGAUGAAACAUUCCAGGAUAUUUUCCGUGACUUCAGUAACAUGGCGUCACAUGACCCUGAGAAACUCUCUCGCCGUCAGUUCAUGCGCGGCACUGAGGACGAAGAGUUAAAUGAGCAAAGAGAUGAAGGAUAGGAGAACUAGUUAAAGAGCAUCACAGGUCAUAUGUCCGCUGAGGUCAGAGGUCAUGCUGCUGCCCUGUGUAUCGUGGGAGAAAUGCAGGGAUAAAAAGGGAAACUUUAAUGUUACAAUUAUUUAUAUCUUAAAGAGAAGCUGGAUUUAACCACUGAGUGUGUUAACAGUACACGUAAUGAACACUCAGUAUUGACAGUUAUUUGAAUGAGUGUUAUCUGGUCCAGAUCAUUACAAACAUGUUUAUUUUAAACUGUACUAAAUGCUUUUUCACAUUUUAUGAAUUGAUUUUAUAUCGCACUGCAGUAAAAUCUCAGUUCUUACUUCAGUAAUACACUGAACCUUUGCUGUCACACUGUUAAACAUUUAUGAAUAUUGUAUAUAUUACACUACGAGUCAGAGGUUUGGGCACCCUUAAGUUUGGUUUUUUAUGGUCCUAAGGACUUUUGACAUUAAUGUCUGUACAACGCUAAAGUCUAAAUGUGAAAUAUAUGGAUUGAUCAAGUGAAGGUGAAGCAGACAGCGAGUGUCCAGCAUACAUGUAAAACAUCCCAGGUUUGAGUUUAUGAAGUUGGUUAAGUAGUGAAUACUUAGAAAAGCAGAGCUGGUGCCUGUUAAGACACAUGUUCGCUACUCUAAACAAGCUCUUAUAUACAUUUUUGUUUGUUUUUUGUAUGACACAGUCUGUGAAAUUCAGGUUAAAGUCUCAUAAUCUACAUUAGGAGCAUCAAAAUUUCAAUCAUUAAUUCUGCAUUUAUUUUAAUCUUUGACAUGAUCUUACUCAGUCAAUAUUAAAGAUAUCAAGGUUAUAUUUUCACAUAAUGUUUUUUAAAUUAUCUAGGGUGAUUUUAUGUAGAAAACAGUAAAUCAUGAGACAUGACUGAGUCACAUUUAAAUGCAUUUUAAGUUUGGUAACUUUAUGAUUGCUUUAAUAGGUGAAUAAAAGUGACUAGGAGGGCUCAAACUCUUGACUGGUAGUGUAUAUACAUACUAAAUUAAAUUUAAAUGCUACCCAACGUCUUAAUAUCAGUUGUAAUGUCUUAAAAAGUUGUGUCUUAAGCUAAUAAAUAAAAUACAAGCUAUUAAACUA